AUGGCUGCAGCGAUCGCCAGCUCCCUCAUCCGGCAGAAAAGGCAGGCGAGGGAGCGGGAGAAGUCCAAUGCCUGCCGCUGCGUCAGCAGUCCGACCAAAGCCAAGGGGAGCUGUGAGAAACCCAAUAAACUCAACGUUUUCUCCCGGGUCAAACUCUUUGGCUCCAAGAAGAGGCGAAGGAGACGACCAGAGCCACAGCUAAAAGGGAUAGUCACAAAGCUGUACAGUCGACAAGGUUUCCACCUGCAGCUGCAGGCGGAUGGAACCAUUGAUGGAACGAAGGAGGAGGACAAUGGUUACACCAUGUUCAACCUUAUUCCGGUGGGGCUUCGAGUGGUGGCCAUCCAGGGGGUGCAAACCAAACUCUAUCUGGCUAUGAACAGUGAGGGCUACCUGUACACAUCAGAACACUUUACGCCAGAGUGCAAAUUCAAGGAGUCGGUGUUCGAGAACUAUUAUGUGACAUACUCCUCCAUGAUAUACCGGCAGCAGCAGUCGGGCAGGGGCUGGUACCUCGGUCUGAACAAGGAAGGAGAAAUCAUGAAGGGGAACCAUGUCAAGAAGAACAAGCCAGCAGCCCACUUCCUUCCCAAACCUCUAAAAGUGGCAAUGUACAGAGAGCCAUCCCUCCAUGACUUGACAGAGUUCUCCCGCUCCGGCAGCGGCACACCCACCAAGAGUCGGAGUGCCUCGGCUGUGCUCAACGGAGGCAAAGCUGUGAGCCAGAACGAGUCGACGUAGCCCGGUAGCCGAAAAACCCGAGGCCCCGGGGCCGAACCACGAAAACCUUACCUCCAGCAGAGCGUGAAAACAAGCAGACCCAUCUCACCGAUCAGCGGUUCAAGGACUAGCUACGACA